CGGCUUUCCCUUCGGCUGCUCAGGGCUCAGCGCCCAUCAUAAUUCCGAAGCAUUCCCAUCACUCUGCUAGUUGUGGGAUGCAGCCCCGUGAAGGCAAAGCAGGUGAGCUGGAGACGUCCACCCCGGUCGUGCCAGGGCUGGGCUGGGGCCAGAGGAGGUGGCCCUGAAAAUGUGGAGGCAUGUGUGUUGCAUGCAUGCCUGUGGGUCCAAGGCUGUGUGACCUCCUGCUGGCCUUGUUUGGAGAUGAUGGGAGGAACACUGUGGGGGAGUGGAGAGAGGCACUGGACAGAGGGACCAGUCGAAGGGAGGGCCCAGCAGCUCAGGGCCCCUGUUGCGCAGUGCUGCGUGGGGUCAGAGCUGGGAAGGACGUCACCGGCAGCAGUGGUGACCUCCCCUCCCCCAAGCACUCCCGGCCUCUGGUGCCAACACUCGAGACAGCCAUGUGGUGGAAGGUGCCCCUGCUUGUGGGGUUCUUCAUGCUGGGCACACAUGUCUGCAGCUGCAAAUUUGUAGACACUGAUAAGAACUUGAAGUAUUUUGCCAGUGCCGUGGAGUAUGCUGUGUUUCAGUUCAAUGAGGACCAGGAGGAUGAGUUUGCCUACAAGUUUCUGCGGGUCCACCGGAGCCAGCACAAGACACGGACGUGGAUAUAUUUAAUGGACUUGACGAUGGGGCGUACCGUUUGUAAGAAGCAUGAUGAAGACAUUGACAACUGCCCAUUGCAAGAAGGGACAGAAGAGACAAUGGUGCGCUGCACUUUUAUAGUAGAUGUUCGAUGGUGGUCUUCCCAGUUUACCCUCCUGAACAGCACCUGUGGGGAGAGAAGGUGGUGACAGAGCCCAUGGAUUUUUGCAGCAGAAGCACCCUCUUCCUCCUCUGUAGUCCCGGACCUGUGCAGCCCGGCAGAAUUAAAGGCAUUUCAGAGAACUUUCUGCAUCCCUGAGAAGUUUUCACUCUCCUGUAUUGUUUAUAAGCCAUUGAUAAGCAAUGGAGAAUUUAUUAUCAUCGUUAUUACUUUGGUUGCAGACACAGAGGGUUAAAUAAAUCAGACUUCCUUACUGAUUUGAGGCAGUUCCUAUAGGGUCCCAGCACUUGGUUUGUGUGCUCAUCCCUCCAUCCAUUCAUCCUUCUAUUCCCUUCCUCCUUCUCUUCCUCCUUCCCUCCCUCUCUCCUUUCCUCCAUCCCUCCCUUCCUCCUUCCUUCCCUUUCUCCGUUCCUCCAUUUCCUCCCUCCUUUCCUCUCUUCUUUCCUUCCUUCCUGCCUGCCUUCCUGCCAUCUUUUCUUCUCCAGUUUCUCUAUGCUCUCAUUCAUCCACUCAAAAGGAAUGCAGCACAUUUUCUUAGCCACAUGUGUCCCCUCUGUUUCCAUCUCAGGGACAGGCUCACCAUGGGUGGCCCUUCAGCAGAGGGGCCAGGCCCAGACCCAGGGGUCAGAGAAGCCCACCAAAGCUCACAGGAGGCUCUGCUCUCUGUGGACCCUCAGGGCUGCAUGAAGCACAACCAUGUCUUCUCCAGGGCUUAGAUGUCUUCUCCAGGGCUUAGAUGUCUUCUCCAGGGCUGGGAAGAUGGCAGCUCCAGUCCCCAUUCUCCACCUGCUCCUGAUGCCUGUGUUACCCAUCUGGGACCCAGCCAGGGCUUCAUGGCUGCCGGCACCACUCCCUGCCCCUGGGAGAAGCACUGUGGUGACAGACACCCAUCUCUCUGCUGGGGUCUUGGUCGGGGAACAGCCUUGGAGGGGCAGAAAGUUGAGGGGAUGGUGUGGUGGGGGGCAUGCAUUGACCAAAAACACAGUGCAGCAGUUUCUGGAGGAGUCUUGCAGAAUGAAAGGGCUAGGAGGUCUUUCCGCUUCCAUCCUUGGUUUUGGGGGUGUCUGAAUAUUUCUUGGUAAGAAGUCUGCCUUUUUUUCUGGCUGCCUCGUUACCAUGAAUUUGUCAUUUAUGGGACAGAAUUUUCAGAAACGGCUUCGGGUGGCUCCAUCUGUCAUGGCAAGAAGAUGGGACAGCUAUGGUCUUUGACCAGCCCUUGUGCAGGAUUUGUGUGUAACAUCCCUCCACAAUUUGAUAGGGCGUGUUUAUAUUACCAAGGGUGUGUCUGCAUGCUUAGCCAAACAAAUCUACUGCUGGCCCUUGGCUUUGAGGGCACCGAGGCGGGGAUGGGUGGAGCUCCUGUUCACGGACCCCACGGUUCUGGACAAGUGCAGCCACACCCUCCCUGAGCUCUGGUCAGCAUUGCUCGCUGAUGGAAGCACCUUUACUUUCAAUUCCAAGUGUACAAGAAAGGCAGGGGGUCCUGCUCUUUUUCAAAUUUGCCAGUUCUUUUCUACCUUGAUCCACACAAAAUCCCACUGGUUUCAUUUUGCAUUUCUCUUAGGGACCAGGCAUUACCCCUAUCUGUAGUGCAAAAGAAAAUUUUGGCCUAAAUCAGGAAUACAUGAAGUCUUCAGGUGGUUGGCACUGGGGGCUGUGGCUGUGAAAUGGUUCUUUAAGGUUCCCAAUACUUUAGAAAUUGUGUUUACUGCAGUUGUGUCUUUUGUCCAUGGCCUGUGUUCCUUAGUUCCUGCUCUCACAGAAAUCAAAAAAACAUGACCCUCUUGCAGAUUUCACAAGCUGGUAGUGUCCAGCCAUCAUGAGCUAUGUAAGGAGCUUUGGUAGGGUUGGUAAAUUGUGUGCCUGCCACUCUUGUUAGUUGUAUGAUAAACUCAAAUUAGUAGAUUUUUGAAUAAUGCGUCAAUAUCCAAGAUCAUCCAGAAUCCACAAGUCCGUCUUGUGUCCUGGAGAAAUCUCUCUGGAUUUGGCUCUGUCAUUAGAUGGCCUGAAUCAGUAGGAAGUAAAAAUUUAUUUGGAUAUUUUAUCUAGUUAUCAACCACCACCACAUACUUCUCCAAAGUCUGAAACCCAGAAAUACUGCUUGGGUUCAGUGAACGUGUGUGUAUCAGUCAGCUGUUGACCCCGAAGGGCUGCAUAACACACCACCCCUCCUGUAGCUAACCACAGUGAGCCUUCAUUUUCAGGCACAUAGGUCUACAGGCUGACUGCCCCUUGGCUGGUCCAGGAGGCUUGGCUUCACGUCAAGGUGUCACAGCUGGCCUCACCAAAGGAGUCUGCUCUAAAUGCCUCCUGGGGCCCAGAUCACAUGAUCCCAGACUCAGUGGGCCACUAUGAAAACAUGGUUAACCUUGACCAAUAAUACAAAUAGUGCAAAUCAAAUCAAUGAAGCAUAAUCAUCUCCUAUCCCAUAAAGGAAGGCUAGGCUGAAGGCAGAGAUACAAAGAAGCAGGGAUUGUCACAACUUCUCUAAUCAAACUGGGUUCCGAGUCUCAGCAGCAUUUGGAUCACACAGGGAGAUGGUUAGAAAUGCACGAUCUAGGCCUUGCCUCAGACCCACAAACUCAGCACCUGCAUUUUAACAAGAGUCCCGGGGGUUCAUGUGCACGUUAAUAUCAGAAAGCGCAGAUCCACUACGGUGGUUUUCAAACUUGGCUGCAGAUUGGAACCCCUGGGGAACUUUAAAAACAGCUGACUUCCUGGACCCUCUUCCAGAGAUUCUGGUUUUAUCAAUGAGCUGUGCCCUGGUGUUUGAAAACUUCAGUAUUUUUAACAUGCAGCAGGAUUUGAAAAUCAUGAAUACAUAAUUAGUAAGUGAUGAACAUCUUGGCAAUUGAUAAUAAAUCUCAAUUUGCAUAAAUCUU